CGGGGGGGCGGGGGGGCCUGGGAACCUGGGAGCGCCGGCGCGGCCGCGUAAUCCGUCACUCCUGGGAGAUGUCUCAUUAACCCAUUAACCAGGAGGCCGGGACGUGCCGGCAGCACAGCGAGGCAGAGCCGGGGGUGUGAGAGGCAGAGCGCAGGGGAGGAGCCGCCCCGAGCCCGGCACGCACCGGGGGAGCCGCUCGGCGCAGCCCGCACCGGGACGGCGCUGCCACGCGGGCUCCGGGACACGCGUGGGGCCGCCGAGCGGAGCAGAGCCGGGCCGGGCAGAGCCGAGCCGAGCCCCCGCCGCCACCCCCAGCCCCUCGGGGCCGCCGGGCCAGGAUGAAGCGGCUGUGCGAGGAGAGCUCCUCGGACACGGAGUCGGACGGCACCAUCGACGUGGGCAAGGAGGAGGAGUACAGCCAUGUGUCCAGGUCCGUGUCUCCCACUACGACGUCUCAGAUACAGGCCAGGAAGAAGCGCAGAGGGAUCAUCGAGAAGCGGCGCCGCGACCGCAUCAACAGCAGCCUGUCGGAGCUGCGGCGCCUGGUGCCCACCGCCUUCGAGAAGCAGGGCUCUUCCAAGCUGGAGAAGGCAGAAAUUCUACAAAUGACAGUAGAUCACUUAAAAAUGCUUCAUGCCACUGGAGGAACGGGCUUCUUAGACGCUCGAGCUCUGGCUGUCGAUUACAGGAGCAUCGGCUUCCGCGAGUGCCUCACUGAAGUCGUCAGGUACCUGGGCAUCCUCGAGGGACAAAACACCGCCGACCCCAUCCGGCUGCGACUCCUCUCCCACCUGAAUAACUACGUGGCUGAAAUGGAGCCGUCGCCGGUGGCCACCUCCCUGCUGCCCAUCCAGACGUGGCCCUGGUCCUUCCUCCACGGCGCCGCCGGCCCCGUGCAGGUCCCCCGGCGGGAGGCCGCUCCCGCUCCGCUUGUAGUGACUGCGUCCUCCCUGGCUUACCCGAGCCCUGCCGUCAGGCCGGCUCCCCUUCGCCGCGUCCCCGGCGACAUGCUGCCGUCCCGCCGGAGCUUCCUGGCCGGCAGGAUGGCCUCUUCCAGCCGCAGGGGCCGCGGCGCUGGCUCCUCCGCAGCCGUAGCGGCCGUGCCCAGGAUGCCGUCGCCGACGGGCGUGCUGAGAGAGGGCUCGUCCAAGGGCAGCCAGAUCGCCACCUUCCUCUUCUCACCAGCCUCCGCCGGCAUCCCCGUUCCGCCGGCUUACGCAGCGCCUGGGGCCUUGGGCGCCGCCGUGCAGGGACCCGGGAUCAGGGUGGGGGCAUCCAGGAUCUGCCGCUCCUGGGCGACGGAGAUCGGGGCUUUCUGACCCCCCUGCUUCGGAGACGGGAAUUCUUCGGCACUCACUGCCCGCAGACCUGAGAACAAACCCAGCUGACAAGGCAUCUCCUGCUUUGCAGAAGCCAAGGACCCAUAAAGAAAAUUCUCUUUACUCUCCCCUGCCUCCCUCCUCGCACCGCCUUCCUCGCCACCGCUCGUCCUCUCACUCACAGCGCCCACAAACGUAAAUCCCAUCUGCUCCCACACACUUGUCUGCACGUGGCUGUGCUCCCGGCUGCGAUGGAGGGGGCACCGCAGACCCUGGCCCCAUUCCUUCUCCCACAAACCCCUCUGUGGAGCCGGGCACUGCCCUCCUUUGGAAAAGAGCCAGCCUCGAAGCACGGCCUCGCUUCCUUGGGGACUGGGAGCUCCCACGGAGCCCUGCUCGUGCCGCUGCCCUACGACGUGUCCCCGGCCACAGCACCCGGUUUUGGUGCGGGGGGACGGGUGCUGCUGGCACCCUGCGGGGCCAGCUGAGCUCCCCGUUUCCUCGCUGCCCUCCCAGCUGCUCCUGCUCGCGUGCCCUCGGUGUGGGGCAGGGGCUGGGCGGUGCUGGUUCCCAGGGCCUGGCCGAGUGCCGCCAGCAUGGGGCUCCAGGAUCCCGCACCCAGGUGCGAAGAGGCAAGGUGCAGGGUUUCAAAGGGACGCCUGCGAUCCAGGGUAAGGCUCUGACGCCAAAGUGAGAAGAAAAGCACUUCCCUCUGCCACUCUCCCUGCCGGAGCUGCCUUGCCUCCAUCCCCUGCUGAGCAUGAGACUGCAGCGGGGGGAGCAGGUCGACCCUGCCUGCCUUUGAAGUGCCUCCCCCCUGUUUUCUCUUAGCCCCACAUCCUCGCCCUCUCCUCCCACAAUGUCUGUUUUCUUUCUUCAGCACUGUGUUUUGGUCUCACAUUGCGCACCCCUUUCCCCGGGCCAGGACCAAAACCCUUGGAUGCUGCGGCGCAGACCUCGGCAAGCCCUGGGUCUGCACUUGUCUGGCUCCCGAGAGCUUUGUUCCGCCUUGUCUCGUGCCCCAAGACAUCUGAUGCAGCAAAUGCCGCGGCUCCUCGGGCUGUCCUCCCAUCCCCUCUCCUUCGGGCAGGAAGGAACAGAGACAUGAAGCUCUUGAGCUGCCCUGCUCCUGUGCCGCCUCCCUGGUCCCGAUGGUGGUUGGGGGGUACCUCCAUGCUUGUCCUCCUUGUCCGACCUGAGCGGCCCCGUGCCCUGGCUCCGCGCCCUGGCUCCGUGCCUUCACUCGCCAGGACAGGCAUGCAGAACAGUGCCCACUCCGAGGAGUCUCACCCGCCUCUGCAGCGCUGUGACGAGAAGAGAGAAAAGCCUGGGGAGGUCAGCGCAAAGAGGUACAAAAGGAGGGAGAAGCGCUCUCUCGAAUGGCAGAGACUCCCCGUGCCUCAGGUUGAAGGCGCAGCCGGUCAGACCGCGCGGGCGAGCUGGUGGUUACGUUCCUGCAGAUCGUAUCUGCCGUGUGCAUGUCGAUGUGUGUACCCGCUAUUGUUGUGAAAGUCAGUCCCUCCCAGGUGUUUUGAUGAAUGUCAUCGCACUUAACACACAGAAAUGCCUCCGCUACUUCUCCUCACCCCGUCCCGAAGUGCCAGCGCAGCCAGGAACAAGCAUUCCCCUUCAGCAGAGCCGGCGGAGGUCCCGUGGGCCCCGGCUGUUCCUGCGGCUGGCCGGCGCGCUAGAGCUCACAGCAAGUAGCCCGGCCUCGCUCCACACUGUGCAGAGCUGUUAGAUUCACACGCUGUGGCACCCAGCAAAGGUGUCAAAUAAAGUCUUUCAAACCCGUA